AUGCGCUUGUCCCUGGAAGAGCAAGAUGCAAAGGCCGCUCGCCGACGUCGAGAGAAGCCUCAGUUGUCCUGCAAUUUGUACUCCAGCCUGCCAGAGUCAACGAUUACGAAAAGUCCGGAACAGUUGCCUGCAUCAAAUGUCAGGGACCGGGUGAAACAGCUCGAGACUCAGGUUGACUACCUGAUGGGUGCCUUGAAGCAGGCAGCCCCUACUCCACCGGCAUUGCAGGACAAGGUGCUCUCAACCCCAGACCAGGACCACCACAGAGAAGACUAUCACCAGGAUCCACGACUCCUUGCGGAUACAAAUGGGUGGUUUCAAUACUCUCAAGGCAGGGAUAGUUAUGUUGGGAGUGCGCAUUGGCUGGCUAUCUUGCGAGGCAUUCCUGCACUGAGAGAUGUAUUCCAGACUGGUUCUCCAAUUGACGACGAAGACGACCCAAUCAACGAGGCAGCAGAGGAAGAGCCUGACCUCCUCGGAUAUUCUGAGAGAAUCAACAGAGAAGACAUUCUCAAGGCCAUCCCUUCGAAGGAUUUCGUCGAUACUUUGAUUGCCGUAUGUUUUAUCAAUACCGAUAAUGAAGCAAUGAUUGUUCAUCCUCAGACCUUUCAGAAAGAGUACGACAGAUUUUGGGAAGAUCCGACAUCAGCGUCAACAAUGUGGAUCGGAUUGUUGUUUGGUCUGAUGUGCCUUGCAGUGCAAUAUCAACAAUUCUCCCCAAAUGAGGAACGCCGAUUGCAAAUAGCGGGGUCCCAACCAGAAAGCCUCGUCCGGCUGUAUCGUCAGAAGACUAUUCAGUGCCUCGUCCUGAGUAAAUACUUCCAGGGCCCUCGAUAUGCAGUGGAAACCCUCUUGCUCUAUUUAUUCAUCGAGGCCUUGAGGGGAGAUGAGACCAAGAAUCUGCAUGGCCCCUGGGUGGUAUGGGGAACCCUUGUCCGAAUUGCCUUCCGAGCCGGCUAUCAUCGUGACGGAUCCCAUUUCCCCUCGAUCUCUUGCUUCGAGGCUGAGAGGCGCCGCAGGGUCUGGACCAUGCUUGUUGGCUGGGAUAUGUAUCUCUCUAUCCAGUUCGGACUGCCGCGCAUGAUCAAUCCUUCGCUUUGCGAUACUGCGGAUCCAAGGAGUCUCCUUGAGGAAGACCUUGACGAAGACAUGCUCGAAUUGCCUCCUCAAAGGCCCGAAACUUCCCGAACUGUACCUCAAUUUCACGUCGCCAAAAAUCAGCUUCUCUCCAUUUUUGGGAGGAUCAAUGAUCUUACGAUGGCGGCGGAUGCUUGUCCGUACUCGGAGGUCUUGAGACUGGACAAAGUACUUACAAGCGCUUACGAAUCGAUUAUCCCCGUUUGGAGACCUACACCACGCCCACAAGGCCCCUCAUCCUUAUCGCAAUCUUCUGCUACUAUCAGCGUCCGUUGCACUUUUCUGUCCUUCAUCUAUCACAGAGCACAGAUUGUCUUGCACCGCAGAUACAUGUCCAUUGGCAGAAAUCAUCAACAAUAUGUAUACUCAUACCAAGUCUGUAUCGAGGCUGCCCUCACAAUCCUUCAGCAUCAGUGGGCUCUAUACCUCGAGACUCGAGUCGGUGGUCAGCUGUGUCGCCAUGGUUGGAAAUUUCUGUCCCUACUUACGCAGGAUUUCCUUUUUGCAACCGCCAUCCUCUGUGUUGAGCUCGGGGAGGAGAUUGCUCUGGCUGAUCCAAGUUCUCCCAAUUAUGCACAGAUUUCCAUCGCUGGCGGCGAUAGCGGCAACUAUGCAGGCCUGGGCGACCGCGUGUUUGAUACACUCAGCUCAUCAUACAUUGUGUGGCUGCAAUCAAACGAUUCAGAAUCCUCGCAGGAGAUAAAAACCGUUGUCGCGGCGCUCAGACAUCUGCUUGGCAAGGCGCAAGAAACUGAAUUCGUCCAGGCAAAGAAAAAGGCCCCGACGCCGUCGACGUCUCUUCCUAUUGCAGGCCAAGGAAUUGACGAGUCAGGAAAUACGCAAUCUAAGCAGCGACUUCAAGGCUAUGGCCUUGAAGUAGAGAAGCCAAGGAGUGCCGAUGUUUAUUGGGGCCUUGGGCACUUUCCGAUUUGA